AUGGGUAAGCCAUCCCAAAAUAGCUCAAAUGUUAGAGCUCAAUGGCCAUCAAGAGUAACAACUAUCUUUUGUGAAGCUUGUGUGGAUGAGGUAUUUAAGGGUAAUCGACCUAAUACCCACUUUAGUAAAAAGGGUUGGACAAAUAUUAUAGCAACUUUUGAAAAGAAAACUGGAAGGGAAUAUCCUAGGGCAAAGUAUAAGCAUAAAUGGGAUAGUUUGAAGAAAGAUUGGGUACUUUGGAAUAAGUUGAAGGGAAGUGAAACUGGAUUGGGAUGGGAUGCAGCCGAAGGAACAAUAACUGCAACUGAUGAGUGGUGGGAGACGAAAUUAAUGGAGGUUCCUGAAGCUGCAAAAUUUCGAGAGAAAGGUUUGGAGAAUGUUGACUUAUUAGACAUUAUGUUUAAGGACAUUGCGGCCAUAGGAGAUUUAGCAUGGGCCCCCACCUCAGGUGUGUUACCUGAUGAUCUUGAGACACCUAAGGAGGGGUUAGGUGAUACUUCUGCUGACUCAUCUUCUCCAAAUGAUGAUGAUGACGUUCAUGAAGAUGAGACUCCUAACCUCACAAAACCACCUAACCCAACACAAAAGAAAGGAAAGAAGCGAGUUUUACCAUCAUCCACACAAAGUAAAGGGAAGAAAGGAGGAACGGCAUUACAAUUGACACAACAGCUUAGUCGUAUUUGUGAUGUUGUGGAGUUAAGGAACUCAACUUUUUUAGUGGAGCCAAGUAGUACUAUUCGUAAUGUCAUGGAACGCGUGUGCACCUUAGAUGGCAUUGAGAAGGGUUCCGAACUCUACCUCAUGGCAGCACGUGAUAUUCCUAUGGAUUACAAUGAUCAUAUUGAUAAUAGUGAUGAAGAUCAUUCUUAUGAUGUGGAAAACGAUGAAUAUGAUGAUGAGGAAUUAUAUGAACUUGCUGUUGCUGGAUGUCAUGUUGCAGACUGCAUUGGUGCCAUUGACGGUACACAUAUCCAAGUUGUUAUUUUGGACGACAAGAAAGCUUCAUAUUAUAAUAGAAAGGGCGUGACAUCUUUUAAUGUGAUGGUAGCAUGUGAUUUUGAUUUACUUUUCACAUUUGUGAUGGCUGGAUGGGAGAGUGCAGCACAUGAUACACGCAUUUUCUUAGAUGCUAUCCGUUGA